AUGUUGGUAGUCUUGCGAUUUGACUGCUGUCAAAACUGGCAUCGGAAGGACGUGACGUCAUAUGAGUCUUUUCCACACGUUUUCGUAGGGAACGACAGCCGUGAAUCUAAGCACAGAAUGGGUCGUGUACGUACCAAGACGAUCAAGAAGGCCUCGAAGGUCAUCAUCGAGAAAUAUUACACUCGAUUGACCAUGGAUUUCGACACAAACAAGCGCAUUGUCGAAGAGGUGGCCAUCAUUCCGACGAAACCGCUGCGUAACAAGAUCGCUGGUUUUGUAACUCAUUUGAUGAAGCGUCUGCGUCACUCGCAAGUGCGCGGUAUUUCCAUCAAGCUUCAGGAGGAAGAACGCGAACGUCGCGAUAACUACGUGCCGGACGUGUCUGCACUGGAGCAAGAUAUCAUUGAGGUCGAUCCGGAGACGAAGGAGAUGUUGAAGCAUCUGGACUUUAACAACAUCGUCGUACAGCUGACCAACCCGGCCGCACCAGGAUACAGCAAUCGACGCAACUAAGGUAGCGCGGGCCAAAAUGUGUUUUUGAGCGGUAUCGUGUAAGAUUACUGUACUGGGAUUGGUCUUUCCCGUAACGCGCCGUAAGCAUCGUGUGUGUGUGCGCAAGAAAACUACGCGGAAUACAGGAGAAACCGAUGUAAACGACAAAUCAGUGUACGUUCGUAAAGGAAAUCACCCAUUUCCGUGUUCCUGGCUGCAAUGUUCUAUGAUGACAUCCGUGAAUUGUUAUGGACCGAAAAUCUUGUAGCGAAAAUUUUCCAAACCCCGUUAAACGUGUUGUUGCGUACCAGUAGCUGAUGGUGAUUUUUGUAUUAGCGAGAUUAUUGUUUUGUGUCGGCUAUUUUGAUUUACGCUUCAAAGAUUGAAGUAUGUUGAUGGUCUUGGGUUCUUAUCAAAAUAUAUAUCAAUUUGUAAUUAGUGCUGUAAUUCAGGAUGGCACUUGAUCUA